CAGUGAGAUACAAAUUGUCAACGUCAAAGCAUACAACUCUCAAUUCAAAAGCACUGGAAAGCACCUUUGAACUCCUGUAAAACUUAAGAACACCGAAAUUAUUGCAGUCAUUUAAUGACACUUGAUGAUCAUUUGAUUAAUUACUAUUCCUAACCACUUUUUCUGUGACUAUUGCAUUUAUUAUAAGAAACAAAAUAUUCCAAGGCAGCCCAGUAACCCAUGUGACAUUCACCUUAUUUACAAUAUGCAUACCUCUUUGGUUGAAAAUAGAUUUUUCUCAGAAUGUGGCAUUAGAACACAAUCAUCAUCACUUGGCUGUGACUGAGAGAUGUGUGGUUUUGGGGGCUCUUUCAAAGUUGCGGGUAACUCGUACAAUACGGUAUGAUACUUGGAAGCAUUUACUGGUGGUAUGCUGAAACACCAUGACCCUUUUCCUUUAUAUAACUCAGCCAGACUCGCUCCUAGCCAGGUCCUUUCCGAGUUAUCGGGAUCAUCUUUUUCCAUAUCAAUUUCCAUGUCCUACGAAUUCUUAUCCGGCACUUGAGGUCUUAUGCCUUCAAGAGAAGAAUUUAGUAACAGAAACUGCUGAUACUAAUAAAAAAACAUUCCGAAUGGAGGAGCACUGGAGAAGUGCAAUCACUCGUCAGUCACUUCAAAAACAAAUACAACAAAAUUUCUUGAACAAAACCUAACCUCAACAAAUUCAUCAUAUUAUGACAUAGAGCUUAAAGUGAAAGAAGUGAAAUGGCCUGGAUUAAAAUACCUUUUCCCCAUGUUUAUCCCUAAGAAUUCAUUCAGUAUAAAUGUUAUAAGCAGUAAUACGUAUGUGGUUCCACUUAGCUUCUGUAAACCAUCAAGGUGGGAUUCAGACACAAUUCAGAUAAAAACAUUGUGUUUAACAUUUAUGGCUUUAGUAGAUAUAUCCCAUUCUGUGUAGCGUUUUCGGUCAGUGUUCAGAGAGUUUCACUCUCUUUCCCCCGGUAUCUGCCCAGUAUCCCACAAAACAUAAUAUACACUCUGUAUCCUCCGUAAUCAGUUAUCGAUUUUUUGACAGCCAUGUGUUUAUAACCAUACUUUUUUCAAAAAUCUUUUUAUUCCAAUAUGUUUUUGAACAAUUUUAAUCUGAAAUGUAGAUAUCUUCGAGUAGUAUCACACAUCAAGCGAUAUUCCACCGACAUUGCUAAUCAUGAAGUGAUAUCGGAUCUACUUGGAAUUAGUAUUCAAGAAGCGAUGUAUUAUGUUGAAAAGAGAAGAUUGAAGAAUAAGGAAACACAGUCACUUAUAAAAUCCAUUCAGUAUUGUCAGUCAAUAGGAUUCAAAAAUGAUGACAUUUUGUGGUGUCCAAUGUUGCUGACACAGCAUCCACUGACGGUAGAACACCACUAUUUAGCUAUGAAAGAAGGAGGGUUCUCAAACAUUGAACCCAUCAUUUUAGCAAGAGCAAUUCAUUUUAUGAAAAAAGAAGUAUUAAAUUUGAAAAAAUGUGCCAUAAUUAUGGAUAAAACUGAUGUAGCUCGAAGUUUGGUAGAGCAUAUAGAAAAUAAAGAAAUUGCUGAAAAGGUUUAUGAAAGACAUGAUGAUUAUACACCCUGGAAUAUAGUACAUAUGAAUAUACUCAAAUCAUUUUUAAAAUGGCGAUUGAAUGCAGGUGAAGAUGAUAUAGUGAAAUUAUUUACUGUGCACAGGAUGAUCAUAAACAAAAGUUUUCGAAUAAUCCAAGAAAACAUUGCCAUAGCAGAGGAACUGGGCUUUAAUUCAGACAAAAUAUUGAAAAAUGGAUUUCUGUUGAACAACUAUCCAACCUAUGCCAGAACUAUUUUGGAAGAUUUUUCAAACUUAGCUGGAGCAGAUAUGAAGAGAGCCAUUAAACAUCAUCCAAAACUCCUGACAAGGCCACCUAGAAACAUAAUCAAAAUUUAUGGGAUUUUGAAGGAGUUUGAAAUACCAGAUGAGUUGAUAAGAAAAGGAAUGAGUGUCUUCUCGAUGUCUCCAGAAACUGUUAGGGCAAGGUUGCAAGCAAUAGAAGGCGAUCCUGAUAUGAAGACCCUCUUAAAACAUCCAAGAAUAAUUGAUUUUCUUUUACACCACCAAAAAGUCACGAAAAGGCUGUCUUUCUUACAAGACCUCCAACUGAGGUGUGCUAGUUUUCAAGUUUUAGGUACUAGUAAUGAAGAUGAAUUUAACGACUACAUUAGGGAAGGCAAAGACAUAAAUCAUCCGGCUGACAUUAUAUUUUUUCUGAAGAGCAUAUUCAAAAUUGAUGAUCCAAGUCUUAAAGAUAAAAUAAAAAGGCAUCCACACUAUUCACGAAUACCACUGAAGGAUAUGUUAGAAACAUAUAAGUUUUUAAUCCAUCGCAAGUUUCGUAAAAUGCACAUAUACAAAGCUGUACAUAUCUUAUUAUAUCCAAAGGCUAAAAUAGAAAAAGUCAUUAAGUGUCUACGAAGUGGCGAGGUACCUAAUGUAAAAUAUAGACCGUUGAGUCAAGUUGACAGACUGAAUCUCAUAAUAUAUAUGAUUGAGAAAGAACACCAUUUUACUGGAAAUGGAGUAUGGAUGAAUGGACGAAAUAAGACAGAAAACCACCCUGACAUAACAGAAGAAACUGAUUUGUGUGAUGCUCCUGUUGAAAAAAUUAAAAUGUGAUAACUACUUGUGCUUUUAUAUCUAUUUAUAUAUGAAAAAUAAAAUAAUUUACAUAGCCUCUCUA